AUGCAGUUAGAUACAUAUUCUCAUUCAUCUUAUUAUCGAAAUUCUUAUAUACCUCAAUCGAAUCCAUUGGAAAAAAUUGAUAAUAUUGAUUCAUUACAUUCUAAUCUAACAUCAUCUCUUUCACAAACUUCUAUCGUUCUUAAACUAUCAUCCAAUAAUAUCGAACAAUCUUUAAUCUUAACACUCGAUCAAUUAGUUUGUAUAUGUGAAGCUCUACAACAAAGUGGUAAAAUUGAUAAAUUAAUUAAGUUUUUAGAAUUCUUACCACAAAAAUCUUCUUCACCUAAUUCUAUAUUAAUUCAUCAACAUGAUAGUAUUUUAAAAUCUCGUGCACUUAUUUAUUAUCAUCAAUCGAAAUUUCAUGAAUUAUAUUAUUUAUUAGAAACACAUUCAUUUAAUACUUAUUAUCAUUCAGAAUUACAACAAUUAUGGUAUAAAGCACAUUAUAUGGAAGCACAAAAUAGUCGUGGAAGACUUUUAAGUGCUGUAGAUAAAUAUCGUUUAAGACGAAAAUAUCCUUUACCUAACUCUAUAUGGGAUGGUGAUGAAACAAUCUAUUGUUUCAAAGAAAAAUCUCGAGAAAAAUUAAGAGAAUGUUUUAAAUUAAAUCAUUAUCCAACAUCAGAUGAGAAACGUUUAUUAGCGAAAAAAACUACUUUAACAAUUACACAAAUUAAUAAUUGGUUUAAAAAUCGUCGACAAAGACAUCGAACACAAAAUAUUCAAUCAGCAUUAUUACCUAAUCAAACUCCGUAUUCUCUUACAAAUUCGAUUCCGUAUCUUUUCAAUACAUCAACAACAACAAAUUUUCCAUAUUUAAAUAAUAAUCCAACAUCUAUAUCAUAUCAAACUUAA